AUGACCGCGAUUCCUGACGACGACGCAAAGGUUGCGCGGUACACAAACGACGAGACCUCACCCCCACCGCCAGUUUACGAAGAUGGUAGUGUACAGGAAGACAAUGCUUAUGUGUACGAUGACUCUCAGAAGCUAGGCUACACAGCCACGGUUUUCGUGAUUCUGAAUAAGAUGAUCGGUACCGGCAUCUUCUCUACUCCUUCCGGUAUCUUCGCUGUGACGGGCUCUGUCGGCGUAUCGCUCUUCCUAUGGAUUAUUGGCGGUGUUCUCACGUUUUGUGGGCUCAGUGUUUUUUUGGAAUUUGGACUUGCGAUUCCACGUUCAGGUGGCGAAAAGAACUAUCUGGAGCGCGUCUAUCGUCAUCCUAAGUAUCUCGCAACAUGCGUUCUUGCAUCGCAAAUGCUUUUGCUCGGCUUCUCAUCCGGUAACUCCUUGGCGUUCGGACGCUACGUACUGUUCGCUUCUGGCUCGGAAGCACCCGAUGGUUGGGCGGCGCGUGGCAUAGCCAUUGCUUGCGUGACCUUUUCUGUCGGCCUCCAUGCGACAUUUCCAAAAUGGGGCAUCCGUCUCUUCAGCAUCCUCGGCGUGUUCAAGGUCUUCAUUCUCCUCUUCAUCGUCUUUUCAGGCUUCGCUGCCUUGGCCGGCCAUCUGAAGAUAGAGCAACCGCACAAUUUCGACAAUGCAUUCAGACUAGAAGUUGGUGAUGGCUACGGUGGCGGUGGCUCCUACGAAUACUGUCAAGCUCUGCUUCGUAUCGUCUACUCGUACAAAGGUUGGGAAAACGCCAACUAUGUGUUGGGCGAAAUACGGAACCCGAAGAAAACCCUGGCUUGGUCAGCACCGCUAGCAAUUGGCGGAACUACCAUCCUGUAUGUCCUCGCGAAUGUGGCUUACUUUGCUGCGAUUCCCAAAUCCGACCUUGCAAAGAGUGAGGUCAUCGUGGCUGGUCUCUUCUUCCGCAAUGUCUUCGGUAACAGCGCUGGGGCGCGAAGUCUCCCGGCCUUUGUAGCCCUUAGCAACUUGGGCAAUGUGCUCGCAGUUAGUUUUGCCCACUCGCGGCUUAACCAAGAAUUCGCGAAGGAGGGCCUGCUACCAUGGAGCCGAUUCUGGGCAUCAAACAAGCCAUUCAACGCGCCUGCAACGGCGUUGUUUCUCCACUGGCUAAUUACAGUUAUCGUGCUUGUUGCACCUCCUGCUGGUCCUGCGUACAACUUCAUCACCGAUUUGUAUACCUAUCCCGGCGCAUGGAUCAACGGUUUCGUCACCGCUGGUCUGAUCUACUUACACUACAACAAACGUGAACGCUGGGAGUCGCCAUGGCAUACCUAUCUUCCCGUUGCCGUUCUUUACUUGGCUGUAAACAUCUUUCUCGCGCUUGUCCCCUUUAUUCCUCCGGAUGGCGACUGGAACGCAGAUGGCUACCCAUACUACGUGUUUCCGAUUGUUGGUGUUAGCGUCCUGCUUCUGGGUGGAUUCUACUGGGUAUGCUGGACGAAAAUCUGGCCGAAACUUGGUGGAUACAAGAUCGUCAGUGAACGCUACGAAGAUGCGCAAGGCAACGAGCAUGUGAAGGGUCCGGUUUUCCAACUCCUGUUUUACACACUUCGAACAAACCUGGCUGACAUUACGACUCGUACUCGCUCAAUGACGACAAUGGGUAAGACUUCUAGCAAACCGAAGAAUGAAUAUCCCGGGCUUGGACUUCCUCUUCGUAACUGGGAAUGGCGGAACUACGGCUUCUAUCCCAUUGGCUCCCAUAGCAAUUGCUAUGGGAGCGAUUCGGAUAUCAUCACCGUUCGGGAGCUCGCUAUGAUGGACAUCAUGGAGAAGCUUACCGACAAAGUCGAUUGGCACAAGAAGGUGUUCGAUGACGCUAUCAUCGCUAGGUGGCGUAAGGAGGCCCUCUCCAUUCCCGAUGAUCACUUUUGGCAACUGGCCGUUGGUGCGAAGAGACAGUAUUGGACCCAUGACGAUAAUCAACUCGAGCUUCACAACGAUAGGUGCAAAUGCGAAUUGGAGAAUAUUCUAGACGAGAAUACAUUUGACACUUGUGUUCAAGAGCUUCGUAGCAAAGCCAAGUAUUUUGAACAGUCGGGCAUUAUUCCAUCUCUGGAUGCGUGCGCAUCUGUGGCGAAAUCUGACACGCUUGUUACGAGCGAGCUACACGCAAAUCUGCGCAAGGCUUUUGACGAGCUGAAGUCGGACCACGCUGUUUCUCCUGACUGGCAUCCGAAUUCGGAUGAUAUGGUGCAGGAUCUAGUACAUCCAUCCAUGUAUCCGUUAGUGUACGGCCGAAGUUGUGGUUUUAGUGAAGAGCACGUCGGUGUGGCGGACGCCAUUGAGUGCUGGGCUGGCAAGGGUGAGAUCAUUCCACAAGAACCCCCUGUUGAACUUUCAAACAGCGACCGCUUCAGCUACGGCACUGGGGGCUCUAACAUUCCGCCUGAGUAUUGGUCGAACACGUACCAAUGGCUACCAGCCAACGUCGCUUUCCAGAACGAUGGCACUGUAAAAUUCACCAGCUACAUCAACAAUCUACACCCUACGAAAUAUUCCGAGAUAUACCGUACCAUCGAGAAGCUGGUCGAAACAUCGCUCCCUUUGUGGGAUCAGUGCUUGAGAUUGGCAGUCGGCUAUCACAAAUUUGAAGGAGCCGGCCGUAUGGAUACCCGUACAGGUAAACCCGAUAACCCUGACGAUGAGAAUGAGGAGAACUGGAUUCCUGAUCAUAAGGAAGCGUGUGCUGAUGCAGAGGUCAGCGAAGAACAGUUGAGGGAUCAUGACUACGACCCUGAAUAUUAUGAAACUGAGGAGGAGCGUGCAGAAGCUAUGUUGGAAGCCAAGUGGCAGGCUGUCCGCAAACCUCGCUUGCAUCCGGUUCCCUUCAAUGACGUAUCCUACAUUCCACAAUCAGGUAAGCGUCUUGCUGACAGGUAUCGCGAUUCGGGACUCCAGAUCAUUGUCAAGAUGGCGUCGAUCGAGCUCACACCCGAGAAGCCUGAAUUUCCCGUAGGCGGAUGGCAUAUCGAGGGGCAAAUGAACGAGAACAUCUGCGCCACAGCUCUCUACUACUUGGACAGCGAGAACAUCACCGACAACAGCCUUUCGUUCCGUAUGCAGACUUCAUAUCACAUAAACGAUGACAAUGACUACCCUGUUGGACAAGACGCCUAUCAUUGGAUGGAGGCGGUAUAUGGCACCAACUUGGGUGGCGGCGGCUCGCCAUGUUUGCAGAAUUAUGGAAACGUCCAGACGCGCCAAGGAAGGCUGUUGGCCUUUCCCAAUGUCUUCCAACACCGCGUUUCACCUUUCAAGCUCAUCGACCCCACAAAGCCCGGUCAUCGUCGCUUCAUCGCACUAUGGCUUGUCGAUCCCACAAAACGCAUCAUCUCGACAGCAAACGUCCCACCUCAACAGAUGAACUGGUACGCCGAUUCGCUCCUUGGAUCGAACGAUAGGGCACGUGGAGAAGCAUUGUCAAAGCUACCCCCAGAGCUCAUAAACCUGUUCGCAGAGGGAGGAUUUACUAGCGUUUCUGCUGCUAGAGAAGCCCAGCUUCCUGAGGAGCUCAUGGAUUUCGUGCGCAAAUAUUUUGAUGAUGACAAGCACUCGCUUCCCAUGAGUUCUGAAGAAGCGAGCGAACAUCCUUUCCUGUUAGACGUGAGGUCAUUAGGAUCACUAUCGGAGUACCUCGCCCCAUUCAUUGUCAUGGACACGAUUUCUUCGUCAUUGCACGGGGUAUGGGAGAUUACACCGAUAAUGUUCCUCCUAAGCUCAACCCGCCGCAUCGCGACACCGCCAUGCCGCCAGCUUCGGGCUACCUCGUCACGACUUAUGCAAUGUCACAUUGGCUGA